AUGGCUAAAAUGUCUCGGGACCACUCUGCUAGUGGUUCCAUGCAUAUGAGAAAGACCAUUGAAGAGGCUCUCGAGCUUAUUGAGACAGUUGCCACUAAUCAGCAUCUAUACUUAGCUGUUGAGACUUUUAUGAAAGGAGAGGUUAAGGCAAUAUCUACUGAACCUAACCCUCGAGAACAAGAUGGCCCAUUGACUCAGCAACUCCACGCCCUUGCCCAACAACUACUGGAAUUGCAAGAGGCUUUGCGGGAAACUCAGGCUUCCAACAGGAAUGUAGAAGCCCAGCUGAGUCAAACAAGACAACAGUUAUCUAAGCAAAUAACAGAGGAAUGCCAUGCUAUUCAACUGAGGAGUGGGAAAUCCUUAAACACCCAACCUCAGUACAACAAAAGAUCAAAGGAAGAAAAGCUAACAGAGGAACAUCAGACUGAUGUCCAAGACAUCUCUGAGGGAAGGGGCAGCAACAAGGGCAUUGAACACCCAAGCAAGGGUGGUCAGUCACCUAUUGACAACACCCCUCAUAUAGCUAGUAACCCUCUUUCCAAUGCACAAGGUACUCAACCUCCAUCAACCAAGAUUGAUGAGUAUAAGGCCAAGAUGCCAUUCCCGCAGAAACUCCAUCAAGUGAAGAAAUAUAAACAGUUUGUUCGCUUUGCGGAUUAUCUCAAAACAUUAGAGAUCAAAAUCCCUUUUGCAGAGGCUCUUGAACAGAUACCUUCUUAUACUAAGUUCAUGAAGGACAUCUUAAGUCAUAAGAAGGAUGGGAGAGAGGCAGAAACAGUCUUCCUCACUGAAGAAUGCAGUGCAGUCAUUCAAAAUAGCUUACUAGAGAAACUUAAGAAUCUUGGGAGCUUUAUGAUACCAUGCACUUUAGGGAAUGCUUGCACAAGGACUGCUCUAUGUGAUCUUGGGGGAAGGAUCAACCUAAUACCUGCUUCAUUAAUAAAGAAGCUUUGCUUGACUAAUGAAGUCAAACCAACCCGCAUAUGCCUUCAACUUGCUGAUGGUUCUGUUAAGAUCCCAUCAGGAGUAGUUGAAAAUAUGAUUGUUCGGGUUGUACCCUUUACUUUUCCCACUGACUUUGUGGUUUUGGAUAUGGAUGGGCACAAGAGUGCAUCCCUUAUCCUAGGAAGACCCUUCCUAACUACAAGAAGAACCCUCAUUGAUGUCUAA